AUAGAGCAGCAGACAUACACAAGAGCUCAAAACAAAGAAUUAUUUAGUAGAAUGAAGACCUCAUGCCGGCUGUGGCCACCUUCAAUCCCAAUCAUUCUUGCAACCAUUUUGUUCUCAAUUUCAUGUGCGAAUUCAGAGCAAGUUAAUCUACAAACGUUUUUCCAAUGCCUCUCAAAUAAUUCUUCACCAUUCCACCAAGUCUCCCAGUCCAUCCACACCCCCAACAAUGCCUCUUUUCUCUCAGUUUUGAACUCCUACAUAAAAAACCCCAGGUUUCUGACAUCUACGACCCCAAAACCUCUCGCUAUUAUAACUGCUAAACACAUUUCUCACAUCCAAGCAACUGUUAUUUGUGCACAGCGUUAUGGCUUGGAAAUCAGGAUUCGAAGCGGUGGCCAUGACAGUGAGGGUCUUUCAUAUGUAUCAAAUAAUCCAUUUCUAGUCCUUGACAUGUUCAACUUUCGAGCUCUACACAUUGAUAUAGCAUCCGAGACUGCAUGGGUUCAGGCUGGCGCUACUCUUGGAGAGGUUUAUUACAGAAUUGCCGAGAAAAGUAAAGUCCAUGCUUUCCCUGCUGGGGUCUGUCCCACCGUAGGCACGGGUGGACACUUUUCUGGAGGUGGAUAUGGAAACUUGAUGCGAAAGUAUGGCCUCUCUGUAGAUAAUAUAAUCGAUGCGCAAAUAGUCACUGUCAAUGGAUCGAUCCUUGAUAGAAAAUCCAUGGGAGAGGAUGUGUUUUGGGCCAUUAGAGGUGGUGGUGGAGCAAGCUUUGGAGUCAUUAUUUCCUGGACGAUAAAGUUGGUACGAGUUCCAUCCAUGGUGACAGUAUUCCACGUUGUAAGGACAUUGGAACAGAAUGCAACAGAUGUUGUUUAUCGUUGGCAAGAGGUUGCACAUAAUCUACCAAAAGACCUCUUCAUAAGGUUAUUUGUACAAUCAGCGGAUGGAAGUCAGGAAGGCAAGAAGACGAUGCAAGUUCAUUUCAUUGGACACUUUCUGGGAAAAUCUAAAAGCCUUCUCCAUUUGAUGAAUGUGAGGUUUCCCGAACUAAGAUUGCAGCAAGAUGACUGCAAUGAAAUGACAUGGGUUGAGUCCACUCUUUUCUGGGCACUUUUCCCCAUCGGAACUCCCACAGAUUCUUUACUAGUCAGGCCAUCGAAGGUAAAUGCCUCCUCCUUCAUUAGCAAGUCUGAUUAUGUGAAAAAACCAAUUCCAAAGACUGGUUUAGAAUCCAUAUGGAAGAUGUUAAUUAAAAUAGGGCGAAAUGGAUGGAUGCAAUGGAAUCCUUAUGGAGGAAGAAUGAGUGAGAUUUCGGAAUCAGAGACUCCAUUCCCGCACAGGGCGGGAAACAUAUUUAAGUUAGAGUAUUACGUGGAAUGGGAGGAAGAAGGUACAGAGGCUGUGAACCAUUAUCGUAAUUUGGCAAGAACCCUAUACAAGAUGAUGAGACCGUACGUAUCAAAGUCCCCAAGGGAGGCUUUUCUCAACUAUAGAGAUCUUGAUAUCGGUAUUGCCAGUUCAAGUCAUAAUCGUACAAGCCUUAUUAAGAGUGCACGAGCAUAUGGGUGUAAGUAUUUCAAGGGCAAUCUGGAUAGGUUGAUGCGUGCGAAGACGAGGAUUGAUCCCUCCAAUUUUUUCAAAAACGAACAAAGCAUUCCUCCGGCCGGUCAUUAAGCCUUUAAGCAGUUUCCAGUCGAUGGAGUACUACUCUUUCAUGAACGUGUUAAAACAAAUGAAAGAAUUUUACCGAAUAAUAAUGUUUUAUGGCUGACUUAAUUUUAGAGUUACAAGCAAAAAAUAAUAUUUCU